AUGUUAAGCAUGAGUGAAAAAAGAAAGUAUUCACAAAUAGAAGACCCUGAUGGCCCUGAAGCCAAAAAGUUUAUACCGGAGGCAACUUUGGAAGUUGGUGAUCAGGAAGUCACUUUCGACUUUUUUGCAAAAAAUAUAAAAAUAGAAGCGGAUGAUUCUUAUGAAAAUGAUAGCGGUAAUGAACUGGCAGAUGGCUUUAUAUCUAACAUUCCUGAUAGUCCUGAUAACCAGAAUUUUGAUGUUAAUUCUGAAACAAAUGAUGAAAAUAUUAUUGUGCUUCACAUGGAUAUCCGAGACCCAUUAUAUACCUUACGCGCUCUUCUAGAAGAAGAAAUAGGUGGAAAAUUUGAUGAUUUUUCUUUUUCUCUCCAAGACAGUCAAAGUUUGGAAGAUCAUAAAAACCUGGUAGAUCAAUGUGUACAAGGUGAAGGAAGAGUUCAGAUUAAUGUGGAACUGAAAAAUGACGAAAGAGGCAAAAGAAUCAAUAUAGUUGAUGUAUUGAAGCCCACAGAAGAAGAACUAGUUGAAAUUGGACAAGGAGAAAGAGAUGACGAUGAAGACGAAGAUGAGGAAGAAGAUGAAGAUGCUAUAUCUGGUAAUGGGAAUAUGGUCAGAUGGACAGUUGAUACAGUUUUUAAGAAGGACCAAGAAAGAUUGAAUAUUCCUCAAGAUCCAGAAAAGUGGGAACCUUCUCAUGUUAGACAUUGGCUGAUGUGGGCUGUUCGUCAGUUUAAUUUGUCUGGCAUUCAACUAUCACAGUGGUUGUUAAAUGGACAAGAUUUGGCUAAAAUGACGCAUGAUGAAUUUCGGACCAAAGUGCCUCGGGAUCCUCAAAAUACUUUUUGGACACAUUUUGAAUUGUUGCGAAAGUGUAAAAUUGUAGCCAUAACUCCCAAGCAAACUCCACGUAUCAAGCAAGAAGUCCUAGACGAGGAUGAAAUUGAGGAUGAGGGUGAGGAGUUAAGGAAAGAGGUGCUUCAGAAAAACAGACCACCGGAAAAAGUCCGAAUGGUCAAAGCUGGAAAAAACUAUCCCAUAAUUGGAAUUCGUAAUGAAAUGAAUGAAGAUGAGUAUCAGCGUGAGUGUAUGGCAUCUACUGUUGGAGGGCCUGUUCAACUUUGGCAAUUUUUGUUAGAAUUACUCACAGAUAAAAACCAUAGAAAUGCAAUUCAGUGGCUUGAAAAUGAAGGUGAAUUUAAACUAAUUCACCCUGAGUUAGUUGCUCAUUUAUGGGGAUUAAGGAAAAAUAAACCUACUAUGAACUAUGAAAAGUUAAGCCGAGCUCUUCGCUAUUAUUAUGAUGGAGACAUGAUUUCAAAGGUUCAUGGUAAACGAUUUGUUUAUAAAUUUGUUUGUGAUCUCAAGCAGAUGUUAGGGUAUAGUGCCUCUGAAUUAAAUGCUCUUGUCAUCGAAGCAGAGCUAAAGGCUAAACAUAGGAAUAAAAUUAUUCAGGGAAAUGAUCCUUAUGGGGUUUUUGACACAUCAGAUAUUAUCACAAUCUACCAUCCAAGUAAG